UAGCACCUGCUGGGACGCUCAUUUAUUAAUGAUUUAACAAGGGCGAUCACAUGGGGCAGCUGCUUUUUUUUUCUCUGCCCUCAUUUUCCUCGCCAGCAGACCUGACACGCGCACCAGAUGGAUGGGUCCAGCAAGGAGGAAGCGGAGGACAGCACCUUCACCAACAUUCCCCUUGCGGAUGACACAGACCAGUCAUCAAGGAUUUUGUAUCCGAGGCCCGGAAGUUUGUUACCCAAGAUGAUGAAUGCCGACAUGGAUGUUGAUGCUGAAAAUCAGGUGGAACUGGAGGAAAAAACACGACUUAUUAAUCAAGUGUUGGAACUCCAACACACACUUGAAGAUCUCUCUGCAAGAGUAGAUGCAGUGAAGGAAGAAAAUCUGAAGCUAAAAUCAGAAAACCAAGUUCUUGGACAAUAUAUAGAGAACCUCAUGUCGGCUUCCAGUGUUUUUCAAACAACUGACACGAAAAGCAAAAGAAAGUAAGGGACUGAUGUCCCUUCUGUCUUACGGAAUUGCUGCUGAUCUUUUGUUUCUUUAAAACUUGGAUAGAUUUCAGAAGUUAUAGUACCUUUGUUUGUGGCUUCAUUGAAUAUUUAUAAAGGUAAUGUCAGAUCUAGGCAAAAUUAAGAGUGUAAGAGAGGACUUCCAUGAGUUUGCGUAUUAUGUUAGUUUAUGAAAAUGUGAAAAUGUAGACUUUAUAAUUAGAAAUGCAUAUAUUUAUGGAACUUGAUAAGGUUUUAUUGAAUUUGCUUUUGAUCUGUAGGUUUAGCACCGUGUUUUAUUAUAGGCAGAGUAGGACAUACAAGAAAAUAACAUGUUGUGAAAAAGUGACCAAAAUCAUGUACUGAAUGCACAGCUUUUUGUACCCUGUCUACCAUCUUGUGCCUCUUCUGCAUUUGCUUCUUCCUCCCCAUUUCCCUUCCCCUGGAGGAAAAAACUGGUUUCACAUUUGUAAGAGUAAUUUCAGUAGUCAAUCAUUUAUGAGAGUAACCUGAAUUCUACUGGUGAAACUCAACCAAAAGUCAGGGCUUGUCGUUUGUCAUGGGCCCACAUAAUGGCAUUUCAGUCAGUGACAGACUGCGGCUGUGAUGGGCAGUGCACCUACUGUGUGGCCCAGUGUGUGUGGUGGGCACACCACCCAGCUUUGUCUAAGGGCACUCUGUGAUGUUUGCACAACUAAAUUCCUCAACGACGCUUUUCUCAGAAUGCAUCCCAUCCGUCAUUUGGCAGUGCAUGACCGUGUUUAGUGCUGGGACUGAGGCAGGACUGCUGGUUUCUCUUUUCUCAACGGAAAACAGAGGCUAUAAAAAUGAAGAUUUUUUUUCCUUGAAGCUGAGUUGUCAAAUUGGGGAAAUUGUUGAAAACUUCCCUCUUACACAAAAUAACUUAGUUAUCUGAGAAGGUGAGCUCUGGUUGUGCAUAUGUUUGAAAUAGAGUGUUUUGAGGAAAAACAGAGGUAGGAUGGAGAGAGCACUUGGUAAACAGUAGUAACCUGCUCCUCAUGUUUUUGCCCCACACCUGUGUCUCUGGCACAGAUUACAUCUUUAGGGGAAAUGCGUAUGCAAGUGGAUUAAGUUUGACUAACCUUGUAAUAAACCACAUCUAGAGCGUUUGGCCUCAAAGUAUAUUUAUAGUAUUCAGCAGAUCAAUUUUUGCAGAGUCCUUUGAGUGUAUUAGUAUCAAAAUGAUGAAUAAAACCGGGAGAGUUUUCCAUGUGAUACUAAUUAAUAAUGUUCUCAGUAUUUUAUCUCACUACUUCUCCCAGUUUUCGGUAAGCGCAACUACUUGGUUUGCAGCGUUACAGUCAUUCUUUAACAAUUUUUUAAAAUUAGUUUGUAGAUUCCAUUUGCUAAGGAAAUUAAUAUCAGAAGUAAUGUUAAAAUGUUAAAUAUUCAAUAGAAAAGAGAUUCAGUAACAUAGCUUAUAGUUAUUAGGCUUGGGCUACUUUUAAUCAUGUAAUAAUAUUUGUAUCGAUGUACAAUUUGAUGAAUGACUUCAGCUGUAUGAAUAUAUAAUCAUACUGCAAAAUAUUUUGCAUCCCUUUUGUGACCUAAUUUACAAAUGUUAAAAAUUGUGUUGCAGUUUUGCUUUGCUGUUUAAUAAAAAGCUGUUUCAGAAA